AACAAGGUCGACAUAACACCAUACGUACAGUCUGAUUGUUCUUGCUCUCUUUCAGAUCAUACAAAACACAUUUAUUUAUUUUAUUUCAUUUUAAAGAAUGAUAAAUCAAGAGAAUUAUUAGAGACUUGGAUCAAAAAUUAAGUUUUUCAUAUAUUUUUUCUGCACUUGCAAGCUAGUUUUUGUGUUUUUGAGAAAUUGGAGAAAAUGAUUCGAUUUCAAGGGAAACUUGAGGUUUUAUUCAACAACAGAUGGUUAGUAUUUGUUGCAGCAAUGUGGGUUCAAUCAGUUGCAGGAACUGGUUAUUUGUUCGGAAGUAUAUCUCCUGUAAUUAAGAGUUCAUUAAAUUAUAAUCAGAAACAGAUUGCGAGACUGGGUGUAGCUAAAGAUCUUGGUGAUAAUAUUGGAUUUUUAUCUGGAUUUUUAUGUGAAGUUUUGCCAAUUUGGGGGGCUUUAUUUAUUGGCGCUAUUCAGAAUCUUGUUGGGUAUGGAUGGGUUUGGCUUAUUGUUACACACAGGGUUCCGGCUCUGCCAUUGUGGGGGAUGUGUAUUCUUAUACUCGUUGGGACAAAUGGGGAAACCUACUUCAACACUGCGUCAUUAGUUUCGUGCGUGCAGAAUUUCCCGAGAAGUCGAGGUCCAGUAGUGGGCAUACUUAAGGGGUUUGCAGGUUUGGCUGGUGCUAUUAUGACUCAGAUAUAUGCGCUGAUUUAUGACCCUGAUCAUGCAGGGAUCAUUUUUAUGGUUGCAGUUGGACCAGCGAUGGUUGUUAUUGCGCUUAUGUUUAUUGUUAGACCUGUUGGAGGUCACAAACAAAUAGGACCUUCUGAUGCUUCAAGCUUCACAUUUAUCUACAGUGUGUGCCUUGUUUUGGCUGCCUAUCUGAUGGGGGUCAUGCUAGUGGAAGAUCUAUUUGAUCUGAGCCACUAUGUUAUCAUCAUUUUCACAGUUAUAUUGUUUAUUCUUUUAGUGAUUCCAAUCGUAAUUCCAUUGUCUUUGGCUCUUUUCUCGAGCCGGAGAUCUCUUGCUGAAGAACCUCUUCUACCUGAAACUCCAAAACAAGAAUCAACCAGUUCUAGCCAGGAUUUGAAUAAUGAAGUUAAUUUCAGUGAAGUUGAUGACGAAAAGUCCUCUGAAGAAGAAACGAUUGAUGUGAAUGAAAGGAAAAAACGCAUCGCACAGUUGAAAGCCAAAAUAUAUAAAGCAGCUGCGGCAGGAGCUGUGAGAAUCAAGAGGCGAAAGGGUCCACGUCGAGGCGAGGAUUUUACAUUGACACAGGCACUGAUAAAAGCAGAUUUUUGGCUCAUCUUUACUUGUUUUCUUUUGGGAUCAGGCUCUGGCUUAACAGUGAUUGAUAAUCUUGGUCAAAUGAGCCAAUCUUUAGGAUAUGAUAACCCACAUAUAUUUGUAUCCAUGAUCAGCAUUUGGAAUUUCCUCGGUCGCAUUAGUGGAGGCUACUUCUCCGAGAUUGUUGUCAAGGAUUAUGCUUAUCCAAGGCCAGUGAGCAUGGCUGUGGCGCAAGUAUUGAUGGCAAUUGGGCACUUCUUCUUUGCAAUGGGUUGGCCUGGGUCUAUGCACAUUGGUACUUUGCUGAUUGGACUUGGGUAUGGUGCUCAUUGGGCAAUCGUGCCAGCUGCUGCAUCAGAGCUUUUUGGGUUGAAGAAAUUUGGGGCAUUGUACAAUUUUCUCAUACUUGCAAAUCCAGCAGGCUCGCUAGUUUUUUCUGGUCUUAUAGCUAGUUCCAUAUACGACAGUGAAGCUAAGAAACAAGCGGGAUUGAAUUGGAAGCUGUCACACAUUUCCAGAGGCGUGUUCGGGAGGAUAACUGAUGUUAUUUUGACUGCCAAUGAACCGCUGAAAUGUGAAGGCUCUAUCUGCUUCUUCCUUAGUUCCAUGAUUCUAUCUGGACUCUGCAUUGUUGCAGCUGUGUUGAGUAUGAUACUUGUUCGCAGGACCAAAGUUGUAUACGCCAGUUUAUAUGGAAAGUUGCAGACAUGAGUUGAGACACGACUAUGGUUUGUAUAAAUUUAUUAUUUGUGUAUCGUACAGCAGGAUAGUACUAUACGCUAGAUACAUGAGUGAAAGUAAUUUUUCGAUAGAUGAUGUGCAAUAUUGAAUAUUGUAAUAAAAUAGAACAUAAAAUUAGUAUACGCUAUUCUUGAGAUUAAGGAUCA